GGAUCCGAAUCCAGGACGAAGUCUCGCCCGGUACCGGGUCCAGGAGGAUGAGCCGUUCCUCACAAUCAGCUUCUGUCCUCUGAUCCAACCCACUCAGCGCUCGUGCCGCGUCCCGGUACCGCCUGAUACCGGCAGCAGAGACACAAUCAGCGCGUUUGUUGCGCUCCGGCUCUCGGUACCGGCAGAAAUCUCCACAACUCCAUCACGGACUAGGGCGGGAACCGGACUCAGAGACGCAGCUCACCUGGACAUGCACACCUGGAUGCUGAGAACCACAGAAACCAGUGAGGAGUUCUGAUUGGCCACCAUGGGAACGGUGCUGUCACUCUCACCGGGACCUCGGAAACCCGGUUACUAUGACAACCACCCCGGCUCCCUCAGCCACUACCCCAGCCUCAGCAGCCGCUCCCUGAACAGCCAGAAGGACCGGACUCUGAAGAGGAGCCAGUCCAUCUUCCUGCCAGCGCUCACCUGGAAGCGGCUGUUCGCCUCCACUAAGAAGAAAGGGACCGCUAAGAGGGGGCCUGGCGGGGCCGGGGCCCUCGGAGACCCCCUAAACAACAACAACAUCUACCAGAAGGACCGAGUCCUGCAUCUGAACCGCGAGAAUGUGAAGAAGUCCGUGUCUUGUGCCAACCUGUCCAGCUAUGAGGGCCCAGCAGGACUGGGUCUGGGCUACGGAUAUGGGAUGGGACACGGACACGGCUACAGCAAACCCCAUCAGCUGUCCUCCGUGAAGAAGGUUCCUCAGGGAUCCUCGUCUCCAAAGCGAGUCAUCGUCCAGGCGUCCACCAGCGAGCUCCUGCGCUGUCUCGGGGAGUUCCUGUGCUGCCGCUGCUACCGCCUGAAGCUCCUGUCCCCGGCUGACCCGGUCCUCUGGCUUCGGGCCGUGGACCGCUCGCUCCUGCUGCAGGGCUGGCAGGACCAGGCCUUCGUCACACCCGCCAACGUGGUCUUCGUCUACAUGCUGUGUCGGGACGUGGUGGACGGAGACCUGGUGGCGUCGGAGCACGAGCUGCAGGCCAUUCUGCUCACCUGUCUCUACCUGUCCUACUCCUACAUGGGCAACGAGAUCUCCUACCCACUCAAGCCCUUCCUGGUGGAGGCGGGGAAGGAGGCCUUCUGGGACCGCUGCCUCGCCAUCAUCAACGCCACCAGCUCCAAGAUGCUGCGCAUCAACGCCAACCCGCACUUUUUCACUCAGGUCUUCGCCGAGCUCAAGAGCGAAGGCGGCUGUGGGCCUCAGGACUACAGCCGGGUUCUGGAUCGGUGAGAGUUGGGUCAGCGCCGGUUCUGCUGACCUCUGGAACAAACUCAGAUACACACACCUUUCUGCUCCUCCACUCACAUCCACAGAACUUCUCUGCAGGUUCACAGUAGGGGGGCCCAUGCGGUGCCACCGGACCCCCUGGAUCUGGUACUGAUCGUCCCAGCUGCACAUUUAAAGGUCAGCCCGCGUUUCCUCAGCCCAGAUUUGAAGGUUCUGUUGGAGGUUCUUUGCUGAUUGAGCCUGAAACUGAUGGGUCCAGGUGGGAUUCCUGCUGUGGAGCCGACCCAAACCCAGAACCCGCCGAGCCUCCCGGGUCACUCAGACUUCUGUUCACAAAUCUGAAGGGUUCUGGUGGGUCUGUUGGUUCUGUGCUGGAAGGCAGCCGAGAUCAUCAGCUGUUUACUACUUCCAUUGUUUCCAGAGCGCGUCCGCGCGCACACACACACACACACACACACACACACACACACACACACACACACACACACACACACACACACAGAUCCAUGGCAUUAAUGAGAUUAACAGAUUACUACAGGCUCUCCCAGGCCCGUUCCGUCAGCAGCGCUGUAGAACCUUGGUGGCUAAUCUAGGCCAGACUGGAUUAGGUGGUGCUGUAGACACACACACACACACACACACUGGUGUGUGUUCUGCUGUGGCACGUGGGUUCAGGGACAGGAAGUGGAUUUCCCGUCUGUUUUACUGUCUGAGGUGGUCUAAGCUGGAUUUUUGCUUCUUCAGGCUGAGUCCAUAUUCUGAUGCAACCUGUUGGAAAACCGUUGUGCGUCACCUCAGAGCAGCAGACUCCAAACAACAUUUUCCUUUUCUAUUAUUUUUCUGAAAAAUUCCCUUAAUGGAGUCAGAUCCGAUCCAUUUUCACUGAAAAGCAGAAUAAUGAUAAAUAUAUUCAGUGAAGGAAGAAAGAAACAGGCCCCUGUUCAUUUAUCUUUGUUUCUUUAUAUGUUGUCUUAAAAACUGACGUCCCAGCCAUCGACAUAUAAAUAUUGGACAAUGGGUUUCCAUAGAGUCCAAAAACAAGUUUUUGAAGAAAAAUGGGAGGUGGCCACCACCGCCAUUUUGACCGUGUCACAGGUUCCGUCAAGGCCAGACAAUUCCAUAAAAGGGAAGAGAGGUGGAGCUGAGGGUGGGGCUGUAAGGCUGGGAUCAACUGACGACACCCGGUCGAACUAGCUACAAGCUAACCCAAAGCUAACGCGGAGGUGGGAGCUAAGCUAACGGAGGUAGCAACCUAGCUACAACUGGAGUUAACUGUGCACAACACCAGAGCUUCUGAGUCAGAGAUACGCCGGGCUGACCGCUGGGUAAAACCGGGUGGAACACAGAGGUCUCCGAGACCUCCUCAAGCCGGCAGCCGCACAGCAGACAAGCGCCGCGAUCAGACAGAGAUGCGCCGAGCUGCAGGGAGGGCAGAACCGGGUGGAAAACAUCGGUCUCCCGAGAGCUCCACAAGCCGAUAGUGGGAACCCAGCUCCACCAACAUGUUAUAUUUCAACCCAUUUUCUAAAGUGCAGCAUUAUGUUAAAUGCACUGGGGUUUACCCUAUUACAUUUACAUUUCAUGGUCAAACAGUACAUGUUAAAAUCUAAGCUCAGCUCGGCAGUGACCUAAAAUACAUAAAUAUAAUUUUACUUACCGAAAAAAAUGAAGUGGAGACUCCUUGGACGCUCUAUUAGUGCAAUUAAUGCCACAGCAAGUCAUUUUGUCCAACAAUCGCACAAAAAAUAUCCAAACAAGAAUACACACACACACAGACUCAAAAUCCCGGAGCAGUUUCCAGGCCAGGCCGAGGCUCUACUGAGGCUUUUCCACGGAGCUAGCUCUGUGGUCACGUGGGUCUGAUGCUCAUUAAUUAUACAGAAUUUUAGGCUUUUAAUACACUUAAACAGAAGAGUGAGAAAAACAUUCACCCCCCUCAGAGUUGUCAUGAGUGUAAACUAGAUCAUUUAAACCAAAAAAAUGUUUUGGAAACAGGCUGUAAACAUGUUUAUUUCUGCUGUGAAAUUGGUAUUUUUAACAUGGGAGUCAAUGAGGAUUUGCUCGCUUCUGACACCAGCCCCUAGUGGAUGAGGGUGGAACUGCAAUUUUUCUUACUUCCGGGAUGGCCUCAAUUUUUCACCCGCAUUGUGGGGGCUUGGUCUCAGCUAGUAGAAGCUAACUGUUAGCAUUAGCAACUCCACCACACAGCAGAACUCCUCCAGGCUUGUGUUAUUUGUCGAGAUAAAACAUCAACGAUGCAGAGCAAACAGAGUCAGUGGUAGAGUGGCGUUGCUGUUAGCCAAUCAAAGGAGAGACGUCUGAAUAUCAGGAAGUAAGACUCCAGAUCCUGUCGUCUAAAGCUCCCUUCUGGCUCACUUCUACUUCCUGAAACAGGAGCACCGGAGCUUUUUUCCCCCAUACAGCUCGUCUCACAAGGCAUUCAUUUGUGCUAGAGACCACUGCAGAUGUGUUGAAAGAACAAGUGAACUUGGUCUUUAAUGCUAACGUCAAAGCAGCAAACCGUUAGCCUUUAGCUCCAUCGGUGAUGCUCUGCAGGGAUUCGUCUGGAGUUCAGACAAAACUAACAUUUAUGCGUUUCUUGUGAGUUUCCAGGUUUUUCUUUUUCCAUUUGCAAACUAAAAUUUCCCACAAGUUCUUCCAGGACUCGUGGGAAUAAGGGUUUAAUCCCUCAGCUGGUCGAGCUAAUCCCUAACGAGUUAGCUUCAGUCAUGGACGAAAAUGCCUGUGAAGAACAACUCAGACACGUUCUGCUGUGGACCCACCAGAACCCACUCAGAUUCUGACCCAGGAUUUGGCAUCAGAACCGGUCCUAUUGGACCAGAACACUGAACCAGCUCUGAGGGACUGGUCCUGGUUCCAGCUGUGUACUGACGUCUGAGCCGGGCUUUGACAAGAAUACUAGUGUCUCAGCCCCCCCCCCCCCACACACACACACACACACAGAGGAUGGGAAAGGUCAGAACUCAGCAGAACCAGUGUCAUUUAGCUGUUUGAUGUAAUGUUUGGUCCAAUCAGCUGGAUCGGUCCGCUCCGAUCAUUCCUUAGAUCCGAGCGGCCUCCGAACCCAUUAACUCAUCAGCUGGAGCUCUAAUUCUGCUUCAUCCAAUCAAAGCUCUCACAUCCUGAGCUCCUGAACCUGACUGACUCCAAACAAACGUCUCAGUGGAUCCGUACCUCCUGGGCUCGGACCGGACCCUCAGACGGACCCAGAGACCUUCGGUGAAACAUUAAAGACCUUUUGUGUCCUCAGUCGAAGAGCAGAUGCUACUGGUGGGAACAAUCCCAAAACGUUCCAGAGUUCUUCGGUUCUCCUUGUGGGUUUCAGGGCUUCGGGAUCCCGGUGGGUUCAGAUGAAACCGGAUCGGGGGUUGGGGUGUAAACUGAUUCACAUUAAGGAAGCUCUGACUGUGUUCCCUGUUCGCAGAAAAGGAAAAAAGCCCCUUUGAGAGAUUUCCACACGGAUGAACUGGAAAAGAGUGGAUUCCCGUUUCAGAGCUGAGGUCCUCAAGGGGAGGAGUUUAAGUAUGGAGGGUCAUGUUGAGGAGCAAGGGAAGGAGGGAUACCAACAGGCGGACCACUGCAUGAGGAGAAGUUCUGGAUUCAGGAGAUAGAAGAGUUUCCUCUACAGGGGGAGGAGCUAAGUAAAGGGGAGGAGCUCGGUGUAGAGCCGCAGCUCCUCCACAUCGACAGCAGAAGUGAUUUUUUUUCUGGUCCAGAAGCUUCCUGGACAUGGCCCUGGUGUCUCUGAGGGACAAUAGCGGAGGACAACAAACUAAGACCCAAUUAAGAGACUUUGAGACAAAAUAGAACAAAAACUUCGUACAUCUUCAGCGUAAACGUUUCGUCAUGUUGCAGGUUCUCUCAGAACGUAGUCUUCGACGCGUCCCGGCCCAACGAGUCGGGUUCUCCCGAUACGAAUGUGAACGAGCUCCCUGUCAGGAAGGACUGAACGGGAUCAGGCACGUCGUCGGAGCGCCGGGCUUUAGUUGUUGCUGAUCUGCUUUUGGGACUCGAUGCUGAUGUUUUUGAGGCCACAGCUCUGUGAGUUGUGUUAUUAUGGGAUGCUGCUGCUCUGGCGUGCAUGCAGGCCGGUAGCUGAAGCAGUUUUUUAUUUCUGCUUCUGUCUGAGUUUAUAUUUUUGUUUUUAACUGAAAACUGGAACUCGUUUCUUCUGCUGACGACAUUUACAGAGAUCUUGUGACGGCGUUUUAUUUGAAGCUCAUCUCUUUGCCAAACUUCCUCAGAGGCUGUCGGUGACUUGUAGCUCCGCCUCCGACGCAUCAGCUGAUUGCACAGCUCGUCUGUGUAUUAAGUCUAGGUAAAUACAUGAAUGCCCAUCCACUGGUUUCCAUGGCUACUGCCCACUCAGGCGUGCCUCUGUGAACGUUCAAAAGCUGUCGAUGGCAAAACUUGAAGAAAAACUGUUGGAUCAUUUUGUGUUUUCGUUUCCUGUUCGAGUUUAAUAAAGCUUUAAUAAAGCUGGUCAGAAACCUG